UUUUAUAUAGCAAUAGGCAGAAAAGAACGACACUUGUUCGUACUGUUUUAGACCGCUUUGGAUCUGUGCCGCUGUCACCACUGAGAUUCAUCAGAGGACGACAAUGACCAGUCAGACCACAGGAGAUAAAGCGCCCCCUCCAUACCUUAUACAGACCAAUCCACAACCCGCAGGCGAUGUUAAGGUGUACCAUCUGCACACCCCUUUCAACCCAGGAGAAUCCACCAUAAAAGACCAAGGUUACCAAGUGCAGACUAGCAACCUCAACUCGAAUGAAGCCAGACCGAAAUACACCAGCUAUGACACGGAGCUGGGUCGCACGCCGGGUAUGACCACCUGCACCUCCUGCCAGACGCAGGUCAUGAGCAACGUCACCUACAAAGUGGGGACCUACGCCAUUCUGAUGUGCAUCCUCUUCAUUCUCUGCGGGUUGAUCCUUGGAUGCUGUCUGAUCCCAUUCUUUGUAAAAUUCUUCAAAGAUGUCUACCACACCUGCCCCAGGUGCAACAGAGUACUGCAUGUGGAAAAGAAGAAAUGCUGCUGACCACCCCCAAGCAGCCAUUUUAAACACCUCUAUAGCCUGCUUUGAACGGGGAAGGUAAUGGCCCCCACUGCUAUGAUCACACCUCACUGGGCUGCUUUUGUAGACUUGCUUUUGACAGGCUGUCAAACGAGGAACGUCGGGAAAGGUGGGAGGUGGACGCGGACUACCUCCUUUGACAAAUUGUAUUUUGUUGUUAAAAGUGGAUCCAUUUAAAAUGGGUUUUUUUCCUUUACAAAAGCAGAUGAAACAAACAGCCUGCCACCAGACAAGGCCAAACUGGCCAUUAAGUAUUUUAAUUUCUACAGAAAUGAAUGAUUUUGAAGUAUACCGCUGAUUGACAUCAUUCAAAGGUCUCUGCACACCCUUUUGUUGCUACUAGCUCAAAGUAAGACUUCCUUCCAUACUAUACAUAUAACGGAAAUGUAUACCUUGUACAUAACCAAAAUUAGAUUCUAUACCUUUUACUGUGGUUGAAAAUGAAAUUUGUUAAAAUUCUGUAUUCAACUACGAAGACAUGUAUUGCGUAUGUAUUCCAGUACACAGCUGAACGUAAUAAAAUAUUAAAAGUUCA